AUACGCUGGUAAGUUGCAGUUCUCACCUGGCCGCCUGAAAUAUCGUAAUGGUGAAGAUGACUUUCAAGGUCACCGUCGCACUAACCAUCGGCCUCGCCCUGGUCGAUCGAUCAAUCGCCGGCCUGAUACCGCUGGACAGCCAUGAUCAUCAUCAUGUCUCGUUGGCCAGCUCGUACAUGCAUUUCCAAGGGCCGGUGACAGGACCCGAAUACGAAGUGAAAGUGCCGCACGUACCUGUGGACCAUCACGGUGAGCACAACUAUCUCACUCACCACGAGCAUCGCCCUCACGAUGGCUACACGGUCGACUACGUGGGGAAGCCGAAGUACGAGUUCUCGUACGGCGUCGAGGAUCAUCAUACCGGAGACUUUCACGGCCAGAAGGAGUCCAGCGAUGGACACAGCGUGUCCGGGGAGUAUACCGUAAAGGAUCCAGGUGGCAGCGUUCGGGUCGUCAGUUACCACGCGGACAAGGAAGGAUUUCACGCAAUGGUACACACCACCGGGAAGAAUGAUCAUUCGGGCGGGGUGUACGGCGGUCAAGGACACGACGCGGAGAGCCAUCUUCACGAGUACGCCGCGUUAUCCGCGCACGCGGCAGCGUACUGAACGAAAACUUGGCGACCGCCAUGACAACCGGUGACUGAUCGCUUUUGUACCUGGCACAAUUAGACUUUUCCUCGUCCCGAAUCGUCAACGUUGAUGUUUUCGUUUUGUAUACCAAAGGCAACAACGGCCCGCUGUCCGUACGACAUUACACGCAGGGAUAACGUAUGAUAUACAUAUAUUGUAAAUAUAGUUCAGCCCAUUUAUACAUGACAUAAACAUGACGGAAGAAUGCAUGUUUAUUCCUUUUGUGUUGCAUAUGGGCAGCAGUAUUGCCCUGCUUUUUCCGAUACAAAAUAUGAAAUUAUUGACAAAACAUGAUAGACACAUAAACUAUUAUAUAUGAAUAAGAAUCUACAAAAUUAAUAAAGGUUUCCGAUAAAUAAAUUUUACGUUAAUAGAAGUAACCCGACCGAAAAUAUUUUUUAUGUAUUUCAAUUCUUUUAUGCAUACAACUCUUUCUACGUUUAUCGAAAACCUUUUAAUUGAUUAACAUUUUAAUCGAGCGUCCGCGUUUAUUUGAAAACUCCCGUCCAAAUGGAUGAAAAGUUAAAUAUACAAUAUAAGCCACCCACAAGUUAUAAUUACUCAAUUUGCGAGAAUUUCUGCGUUUUGCUAAAAUUCCGAUGGCCCGGAUUUCACUCAUCAGAUUCAUUAAAAAAAAGCUGUAUAAAAUAUAUGAGAAAUACAAUAUUUCUGAAAA